CUGGCGCGGCGGGCACCGGGCAGGGUGCCGUGCCGCGGUCACCGGCUCACGCCGGCGGACGACGAGAUGUACCAGCGGACGCGGGUGACGGUGCUGGAGCCCGAGUCCCCCAACAUCAUGUUCAUCGAGGGCUACAGCAACCGCGGCUUCACCAUCAGCGGGGACGUGGUGGUGGGGCCCUGCGCUGUCCUGCCCCGCAGCAUCCUCCAGUGGAACGUUGGCUCGCACCGGGACAUCUCGCUUGAGAGCCUGUCGCUGUUCCGGCUGCUGGAGCCCCACAUCGAGAUCCUGGUGCUGGGCACGGGGGACAGGGUGGAGCGGCUCCACCCCGCCAUGCUGAAGCAGAUGCGGGAGUGUGGGAUCGCGGUGGAGGUACAGGACACGCCAAAUGCAUGUGCAACCUUCAACUUCCUGAUGAGUGAAAAGCGUGUGGUGGCUGCUGGUCUCAUCCCUCCACUGGGCAUCUACCAGGGGAUGUAGGCACUGCCUGCCACAGCCGUGGGCUGAGUGGGGCUGCCCCUGCCUGCCUGAAGCCCCCGAGGGUCACUGCUCCCAAGGGAGACACACUUCAGACUGUGGAGCUGCUGGCUGGGUGGUGGCUCUGCACACAGGAGGGCUGUGAGAUGCAUG